ACUCCUCUGUCCUCCUUUGGAUCCAUUUUUAACAAGCUCCCGCCAAAUCGCUGUUCUUCUCCCCACACAAGGACGCGUAUUUUGGUGAGCAUGAGCCAAGUGGUUGUGCAUAAAAGAUAGAACAUUAAAUCCCACUCGAGGGGUUUAAGCGUCAAGCCGUCAACAAACACAGAGCAGACUUUAGUGUAUUGUUGUUCACUCAUAGCCUUGCACAGUGGAGUCCAGUAGUUCACUAUCCCCUCUCUACCUGAAUCUGCAUGGGGAGUGUGAGACUCCGUUUGCUUUUCGGCGAUCGUCAUCUUCUCAACAAAUCUCAGAGGUCAAAUGGGCUGAAGAGAUGCUGGCUUCUUCUAAAGCCCGAACAUGAAACCGUCUCCGAUCUCUCAUCUUAUCUAAUUCGCACUUUCGACCUCGAAGAAUCUUGCCCUAAUGGCCUCCUCCUCUCCAUGGACGGAUUCGUUUUACCACCAUUUGAAUCAACCCAAAUUUUAAAAGACAGAGACAUUAUCAGGGUGAAAAAGAAAGGAGAUACAUUAACAGAGAUAUCCAGGCUGGAAGAAAAGAAAAAUUAUGCAGAGGAUUCUGAAAUUGUGGAGAAGCGACCUUUGCUUACAAGGGUGGAGCUUCUAGCUUUUGAGGAAUUUGAGAAAGAGUCUGGUGGCUACCAAAGUGAACCUGAAGAGGAGGAAGAUGAUCGCAUUGAAGAUACACUGCAUGUGGUAAAUACAUCAAGUGGGCAAAAAAUAUCAAAGAAAAGGAAAUCAUCAAAGAAAAUCCAGAAUUCAAAGAGGAAGAAAGCUAAGUCUACUAGCGAGGAAAAAUGUCUAGUGGUCCCCAAAGGUGUUGAAUGUGAUGUUGAUAUAGAGAAAAAUGAAAGUGGUCAUCUCAAUGGAGUUGUCUCCCCAAAAAAUCUUCAAAAGAAGAAUAAAUUCUCCAAUAAAUGUGGAAAAUCAGAUGUUAUAAGUGCUCCUGAAAUUGAUGAAAGGAUUAACUACUGUGAGUCUACAUCCAACGAAGAGAGAUGUGGUCAACUUCAAGAAAAUGAUGCUGAAGGUGUUGAUGGUUCUCAUGUUCCAGAGGGAAUCAGAAAGCUCCCCAGCAGAAGUGCUCGACGCAAAAAAGCCAAAAGAAGAUGGUUACGGGAGCUGGUUAGAUCUCAGAAGGAAGAGCAGCUAAUUCAGCACAAUAUUCUUGAAAAAGAUACGCAAAAACAAUCCCCAAAACAUCAAGAAGCAGAGGAGGAUGGAAAUGUGGAUGAUGAAGUUGUUCCUGUAGUAGUUAGGCCAGGACAUAUACGCUUUGAGCCCCUUGGCAAAGAGAAAAUUGUCCAACAAAACCAAGAUGAAGUGGAGACUUUUCAAUGGAGUGGUACCAUCAGCAAGAAAAAAGGUCAAAAAUGGGGUAGAGAGAAAAAUUUAUUUUGUGGAAGGAGUGAUUAUAGGGAAUCUACUGAAGAGAUGGUUACUGACGAAGGGGAGACUGCAGAUGGGGCUAUAGACUUUGAUAGUCUUACUACCUUGGCUAGCUUGCCUAAGGAAGGUGAUGUGAUUGCAUAUCGUCUUGUUGAGCUAUCUUCAUCAUGGUGCCCUGAGCUUUCUCCUUUUCGAGUUGGGAAAGUAUCAUGGUAUGAUUCUGGAUCCAAUAUGGUUAUGCUGUUACCUGUUUCAGAGUACCCUAUUGUUUCUGAUCAGAAGGCAGAUGGAGAUGCAUCUGAAAUGCAGUUGGAUACCUCCCUUUACAAGGAAGAUGGCUCUCUAGAGAUUGAUCUUGCAUCUCUGGUUGAUGUUCGUGUUGUCCAUCAUGACAAGUUAAAUCCUGCAACCGAAGUCAGCUGCGGGAGUGAUGCAGUUCCUGUGAACAAUCGGGGCACGGUAUCAGGUGGGCCUGCAAGCAAUCAGGACACUGUAUCAGAUGGGGGGCCACACAGCAACAAUAAGGAGAUAGAUGACCGGGUCAAAGGAAAUGGGCAGCAGAUAAACGUCUGGGAAGAGAUCAGCCAGGCCUUAAAAGAUAAGAAGACACAACUGUUACAGAGGGAUGGCUGGACUACUAAAGCGAGUUCAGGAAAGUCUGCAUGGUCCUACAAAGCCUUGAGAAGCAGCGCACUAGGCCCGACCAUGGCUCUACUAAGGGCAGAGAAUGAUUAAUGAAGCUUGUUUUCCCAAAUGGGUAGAUCUCUAAUGAUGUUGACUUGAGACUUGCGAGCUUCAACAAAAUUAAGGAUCACCUAUGAUCGUAGAUGCCUUCAUUUUCUAUUGUGUAGUGGCGGUGGAAAUUUUGAUAGAAGUGAAACAAUCUCCUCAAUUCCCAGUAAUAUAAUAUGAUAGUUAGUGAUUGUGUUAGAAAAAUGAAUUCCUUUGGGUUAUUAACCUUUACUCCUGUUAUAAUGUAUAUCCUGGCAUUAUUUUUA